AAUGAAGAAGAGAGAGAGUUCCAACUUUUCUCUAUCAAAAGAGAAAGAAUUAAUAAAGUGGCUAUUGAGUAACUAUGAAAAAACGGGAAAACUAGGCAGACCCGUUGUAAAUACGUCAGAAACAGUUAAAGUCUCCUAUGGCUUAGCCCUCAUUCAAAUUCUAGAUUUGGAUGAAAAGAACCAAGUGCUGACGACAAAUGUGUGGAGUAGAUAUACAUGGACAGAUGCCUUCCUGAAAUGGGAUCCAACAAAAUUCGAGAAUGUUGAGCAAGUCCGUAUACCUAUUGACGAGAUAUGGACUCCUGAUAUAGUUUUAUAUAAUUAUGCUGAUACGCGAUUAAAAGAGCAUAGAGAUGCUUUAGCUGUUAUUCAAUAUACUGGAUCUGUCCUAUGGAUCCCAAGAUCAAUUUUUAAGUCGACUUGUCCAAUUGACAUAACUCAUUUUCCUUUUGAUAUACAAAAUUGUAGUUUAAAAUUUGGCAGUUGGACAUACGAUGGUUGGAAGUUAGAUUUAGAUUUUUACGAUAACAAAGACAGUAUAGACACGAAUGACUAUGUUGAGUCUAAUGAAUGGAAACUAUUAGGAUUUCCUGCUCGUAAACACACCAAAAAAUAUCCCUGCUGUGAAGAACCGUAUCCAGAUUUAACGUUUUAUAUCAGAGUGAAGAGGAAAUCGGCCUUCUACAAUUAUAUACUAAUUUUGCCUUGCGUCCUUUUAUCCUCUUUAACUCUCGUUAUUUUCUGGCUGCCUCCAGAAUCUCCCGCGAAAAUGAUUCUAGCUAUUGAAUAUAUUCUAGGAAUGAACAUCUUUGUUGCAUUCUUUUUCUUACUACUGCUAUUGGCUAAUAAUACGCCACCAGCCUCUAAAUCCAUACCGAAAAUAGGAAUGAAUAUUUUCGUUGCGUUCUUUCUAUUACUUUUACUUCUUGCCGAUUCAACUCCUCCUGCUGCAAAAUCUGUUCCUUUAAUAGGUGCCUAUUUCUGUCUAAACAUGGUCCUCAUUACUUUAUCAACGUUCCUGUCAGUAAUUGUAAUUAAUUUAUACUUUCGUGGAGAUAAGAAAUCUCGUGUGCCAAAGUGGUUGAAAAAAUUCAUAGUUGAUUAUGUUGGGAGGUUAUUAUGUAUGAAGAAUGAAUUGGCUCAAAAUGAUGAUUCACCGAAAACUACUGAUUAUGUAAUAAAUGUUGAAACGGGUAAAAAAUCUGAAAGAAAGAGAAUAAGAUGUCCUGAAUUGAAAUAUAACAAAUUUCAACCACCUCCAAUGGAAGCAAAUGACAUUGAACCAUUAAAAGGAAACUCAACUCCUAGAAUAAAUCCGCAAAUCUCAUCCCAAGCUUCGUCCAUUGAGAGUGAUGUAAGAGAAAUUAAACGAAUUUUAAAGUCCUAUAUGAACAAAGUAAAUGACAAAGAAGCUCAAAUCAAAGCCGUAAAAGAGUGGAAACUUGUUGCUCUUGUUUUAGAUAGAGUAUUUUUUUUUACUUAUUUAGCAACAAUUGUUAUCUCACUGGGGACAAUAUUUCCCAGGGGAUAA